AUGUUGCCUCAAAACAAGGACCACCAGGUGCUGUUACAGAACGCAGUGCCCCCAGGGUGUCCCCCUCAGGUCCUCUCACCGCCAUCCAACUUAGCAUCUCUCUCCCCCAUUCUGACCCUCCCCCCUUCCCACCCCCCCUUGCCCUCUCCCUCAAAGGCCUACUUCCCCCUCUCGCUGCCACAGUCCCGCUCUCCUGGGCCGUACUUAGACUCUUCGGACUCCAAUUCUGAUUUUGUCCCUCUUCCCUACUCUUCCUCUCUCCCAAGUCCCCCUACUUUCUUUGGCCAAAACUUCUCUUGUCUCCCCUCUCCGCACACAUCCUCUCCCCCCAACUACGGGCUGUGCCCCUCCCCUCUCCUUAGCAGCUCCUCUUCUCUUUCCCAGCUGCAGAAUUCCUCUCCUGGCUCUUGCCAGUCUCCUGCCCACCUCCAGGACCUUCACAAUUCCACGGUCACUUCCCCCAGCCCCAGCUCACCUUCUCGAGGGAUUCCCAGUAACAAACAAACAUGGCAGUGGCCUCAAUCCGGAAACACCAGGUCCCCUGGGGUGGCAGAGGGAUGCAUGGCAAGCAAGUUGGACCCUGCAGAAUUCAAGGACCCAGAGGCCCUCGCCCAAGCGCUAGUGCUCCGUGUGGGGCACCGCAGAAUUGCCCGAGACCUGCAGCUACUGUUUCUGCAGCGCCUCUGGCUAGGCACAACCGGCCAGGCUCCAGUCGUGGAGUACCCCAUUUGUCUUGCGUGCCUCCAGCCCCGCACCCCGUCUUGCCCCACCCCCAAGCACAAGACUGGGCCAAGGCUACUUGCCUUUCCUCAACUACUGCCCAGGGCCGAGGGCCGGGAAUCUGGGCGUCUCCGCUUAGGCAUUGGCUUCGGCCUCCGCUUGCCUCGGGGCCAGGCCAAAGCCUUGCAUCUGCUACCAGAAAAAAAGCGGCAGGAAGCAAGGCCUCCGGGAGAGGUCCUCCAGAGCCAAACGCCUGCAGCCCAGGCACCAGCAGCUCAAGUCACAGGCACACUCUCCCAGGACGAGAGCCUCAGGUCUGCAGGCCUCCAAUCAACAAAAUCCAACCAGUGUUUCAGGGUUCCACCUCAGGCACCAAGACGGGCCACUGCCUCCCCAAAGCCCUGGUCGUGUCCUGUCCCAAGGAGGUCUGUGUCUCCAGAAUCUAUUCUCCAAAAGUUGCCAUCUUAA